CUCAUUUAUUCGGAUUGCGAACAAAUAACCUAGUGCCUCACAUUGGUGGUUGGAUCAGCGACACGUAUUUGGCAUUACAACAGCACGCUGUUUUGCAAUUGACUUUUGCUUGGGUGUCACACUUGAAAAGUCACAACGAAAAGAAUGUCAGUCGAUGAAAAAACAAGUAAAAAUGAUGGAAGAAUCAAGGAAAUCAGCACAUUUCGGCGGUUUUUAUCACAGCUGGUGGCGACAACCGUCAAAAAUAUGCUACUCUUUGAUAUGGGCAUGAGUGGGAUAUUUCCAUCGAUUAUUAUUCCGGCUCUAACGGGAAAUACCAACGAACACAAUCACAACGAAACACUUUCGCUUACAUCAACUCAAGCUUCAUGGUUAGGCAGCAUCGCGUAUGUUUGUGAACCGCUGGGCAGUGUUUUGUCCGCUCUGAUAACAGAUUUUUUUGGUCGAAAACGAGCGAUGAUCCUCGUGAAUGUGCCGCUUAUAAUCGCCUGGUUUUUAAUGUACACUGCUGGGAGUGUUUGGCAAAUUUUCGUCGCAAACAUUUUACUUGGUCUUGGUGUUGGCCUCAUGGAAUCCCCGGUCAUUACUUAUAUCGGAGAGAUUAUUGAACCUUCAUAUCGUGGGAUUCUCAUCGCGUACACCAAUGUAUUUGGCUCGUUCGGAAUGAUGUUGGUGCUCGUUUUGAAUACGAUGCUGCCGUGGCGCAUGGUCGGCUUAGUGUGUAUGAUCAUUCCAAUAUUUACCGUGUUGGCGCUUUGUUUUGUUCCUGAAACACCAUUGUGGCUUCUCUCAAAGAAUCGAGUAAAUGAUGCUGAAAAAGCCCUUUGUUGGCUGCGUGGCUGGGCACCAAAGGAAAAUGUCUCUGAGGAAUUCCAGGUGCUUCAGCGGUACAGUCAACGUUCAAAAUCGUGCAGUUCUUGUAUAAAAAAGGACUUAAAAUGUACUCAUCCACUGCCGACCAUGCUUGAGAAAUUGAGGGAGCUAAAGCGCAAACAAACGCUCAAGCCGUUAUUCAUUGUGGUAUCGCUGAUGGUAAUCGCUGAAUUCACCGGUAUAACUGGAAUGAAACCAUUCCUUGGCCAAAUUUUAAAAGCUUAUGAAAGCCCGAUCGCACCGGAUCAAGCAAUGGCCAUCCUUGGUUUUGUGAAUAAUUUCGCGAACAUAGUGUUCUUAUGCUUGAUUCGCUUCACAGGCAAACGGAAAUUAUACUUUCCAAUGUUAACGAUGGUAUUUCUAUGCUCGGCCACUGUCUCGGCUUAUGGUUUUGCAUUUCUUCCAAACGGCUACAACUCAUUCGAUCACUCAACCGCUUCAGUGGGAAAUAAAAAUCUCACCUACAUACCAUUCGUUUGUCUGAUUCUGUGGAGCUUCUGUUCGUACUGUGGUGUGAAUUCCGUGCCCUGGCAAAUGUUAUCGGAGGUUUACCCAUUCAAGGCACGUGGUAUUGCAUCUGGAUUAUCGGCAGCUUUAGACUAUUUCUUCACUUUCGUCAGCACAAAAUCGUAUUACGAUUUGGAAACAUCACUAUCAAUGCCCGGAAUUGCUCUAGUCAAUUGUAUUAUCACUGGAUUGGGGCUGGUUCUGAUUUACAAUAUUAUGCCUGAAACGGAAAAUCGCACGUUGGAAGACAUUGAAUUCCAUUUUUCGGAUAAUUCCAAAAAACUCACCGAUCGCAAAAUUGCUCGAGUUUCCACGGAACAGCUGGAAGAAACGAAAGGUGAUGGGGAUGGCGAAAUCGUCAAAAAUGGCUUUGAGCUCGAAAAUGGCAACGAUUCACUCAAGAAUAACGUGCUGGCAACCACAGUGAAGGUGAUGCUAACCUUCGAGUUCGGCCUGUGCAUUUCAUUCUCUGGCAUUGUAAUACCUGCCCUGACGGGCAAAUCGAAUGAACACAAUGCUGGAGAAACCAUCAGCAUUACAGAAACACAGGCAUCAUGGUAUUUUCUUUUUGCACUGUUCUUCUUUUUUUUUCUCCAAAAUAAUCAUUUUUCUCGUUUGUUAUUCUCUCAUUUCGUCCGCUUCUACUUACUUCAUUAUCUCACGCUAAUUCAUUUUGACUCCCGUUUUUUUUUCACAGAUUACUUGGGUCGUCGGCGCGCAAUGAUGAUUGUGAAUAUACCCUAUGCUCUCGCUUGGUUUUUGCUCUACAAUGCUCGAAGUGUUGUAGAAAUUUUCAUCGCUAAUUCAUUGUUGGGCUUUGGCAUUGGGUUGAUGGAAGCGCCUAUCAUGACUUACGUUGGAGAGAUUUGUCAGCCUUCGAUUCGAGGUGUGUUAAUAGCGUAUACAAAUCUUGGAACGCCAAUGGGAACAGCGAUGGUUUAUUUCCUGAACACGCAGUUGUCAUGGCGUACAGUUGGAUUGAUUUGCAUGCUUUUGCCGAUUACAACAUUUGUCACACUUAUUUUUAUUCCCGAAACGCCCCAUUGGCUCCUUUCCAAAGGUUUCCGAGAUCGUGCUGAAAAAGCGUUGUGCUGGCUCCGGGGCUGGGUGCCAAAAGAGGUGAUUGCUGAUGAGUUUGAGGCGCUACAGCGUUACAACGAACGAUCUAAAUCAUGCGACAACUGCAUAAAACUUAAUCAAAAAUGCACUCACGCUCUGCCCACUCUGGCUGAAAAAUUCGCUGAUUUCAAGCGAAAACGAACGUUGAAACCGUUCUUCAUCGUCAUCUCAUUGUUUAUCAUCCUUCAAUAUUCAGGCAUUUUUGCAAUGACUCCUUACUUAGUACAAAUUUUCAGAGCAUACCAAAGCCCGUUGAAACCAGAUGUUGCCACUUCCAUUUUAAGUUUUCUGAAUAUUUUCGCAACGAUCACUUUCAUGUGUCUGGUGCGAUUCCUUGGGAAGCGUUGCUUGUACUUGAUGGUUUUGUCAGGAGUUUGCCUUUCUUCAUUCGUCAUCGCGAUCUAUGGUUUCGUUGUUCUGCCAAGUGGGUACACGUCAUUCGGAAAAACACAUUUGGUGCCGGAGCUGGAAAACAGUGCACUCGUUUAUAUUCCAACAUGUUGCCUGAUUCUAUGGAGCUUUUGCUCGUACUGUGGCAUUUUCAUGAUGCCAUGGCAAAUGCUUUCCGAAAUUUUCAGUUUCAAAACUCGAGGAAUGGCAGCUGGUAUAGCGGCCGCAAUAAACUACACAAUGGCCUUUGCUACCACCAAAACGUACUAUGACCUGGAAACAUCACUUUCGUUGCCUGGCAUCGCAAUGUUUUAUUGCGUCAUCGCAACACUUGGACUCAUUUUGAUGUUUAAUAUUAUGCCGGAAACUGAAAGUCGAUCACUUGAAGAUAUUGAGCUUCACUUCUCGGAUAAUAGCAAGAAAAUCACCGAUUGGUACAUCCCACGAAGAAACGAAGCGCCGAAAAGUAAUCAAGCGAAAAAUAUUUGAGAUAAAAGUCGAAAUGGAUGUGAUAUUAAUUUAUUUAAUUUAAAAGCAGCCUUUCUGAUCAUGAAAAUAGUAAACAAUACAGCGGCACCUGAGGACAAAGUGCAGUGUGUCAUACUUUCAACGUUUGAAGUUCAAACGUUGAACUAACACAGACGCACUUACACAGAUGCAUACUUGUUACAGCAAACUAUGUGCAUGAUUCUCUAUUUCUCCAACCGGUCGCCAGGUGCCGCUUUAUUGUUCUUGUUUGACGUUUCCUAUCUAGUUGUACAGACGAUCAGAGAGGCUGUUUAAAAAUGACACAGACAUUCUAUUCAAAGAAAAAAAAAUUAAAACACAAAGAAAAUGUGCAUCAAUGAAA